AUGAAAGAUAAAAUUUAUUCGAAACUCUCUUUGACUGGAACUGACAGUAGGAUUAGGUGGAUCAACCACUCCAAAGUCAGGAAGGACAAGAAGCCUCUUAUCGAAGGCUCAGACAUAGACUUAACUAGAGCAAGCAGCAAAGAAGGAAGGGUUUUAAUGCAUUCCAGACAGAGACCUAUCUGCGCUCUAAACCUCAAAAUGUUUAUGAAUGUAUCGUCUCCAAAUCGUCCAGCAGAAAGUAUUAGUCAAGCUAUGACCUCAAAAGCUAGGACUCCAUUUCCUAAAGACUCAGUCGACAAAAGAUCAGGAAGUUUCUUGCCUGACAUCGCUCCGAAGAAGAUUCGUGUAUUGAGAAAGAAUAAGGUAGCAAGAGCGAAGAAAGAUUGUAUCAAGCCAGAAAUCUCGAGCAAUGUCAUUAGGCUAAAGUCUGAUAAAAUUAGACCUCAAGCAAAGGACAAACUCUACUUUAGCAGUUUUGGCCAAGAAAAAUGGAGCAGCGUUCCUGUUGAUGCUAACUUUCCUCCUAUCAAGCUUUCAGCAAAGAAACAUUUUUCUAGAAAUUCUAUUUGCAUCAAGAGAAUCAGAAGGAAGGACUCUAAGUUUAUGUCAAAAUCAACGUUUAAAGACUUCACAAACCUCUUGAGCACCUGUAACUAAAUUAUCUAAUUUGUAAAUAUUUAAUUACAUCCUA